CAAACAGAAUGCUUACCUCACGAGAUGAUAACUCUGAUGAUAAUAUGGGAAGCUGUUAUGACCAUGAUUGUAAUCUCGAUCACGAUCGCGAUCGCACCUCCACCACUAAAUCAAUCGCAGUCACAAGCACUAAUGACGAAUUUGUUGACACUAAGGAUCACAAUUCGCAAGUUAAUAAUUACCCAGGAGAAUCCGCACAGCAUCUUGAUCCGAUUGAUACUUCCACCUACCAUGAAUCUGCGAUCCUCACUGAUCCUCGCGAUUGGAUCAACACUGUCAAAGAUCACAUAACAGCAUCUUGA